AUGGGUAAAAGAAAAAUUUCUAAUGUUUGGACUUUUUUUACCAGAAGUACAGAUAGAACACUUGCAAAAUGUUGCAAAUGUAAAAAAGAGUACAGAAACAGUGGCAAUACCAGUAAUCUCAAAGACCAUCUUAAGAGAAUGCACCCAGAAAUACAAUCUACUAUAGUUGAGUCAGAUGAUGAAGAUACUCAAAACUUCCAACCUUUUUCUAUUGUUGAAGACACAGGAUUCCAAAAUCUAGUUAAAAUACUUGAUCCAAGGUAUGUAUUACCAAGUAGGCCAACGUUAAGAGACUCUCUAUUAAAGCAAAAUUAUGAAAUAUGUAAAGAAAAAUUAUUUGCUCUACUUCAAAAUGUUUGUCAUGUUAGUUUGACAUGCGGUUUAUGGUCUUCCAGAGCAAAUGAAAGUUUUUUAACAGUUACUUGUCAUUUUAUUGAUAAAGACUAUAAAAUGCAUUGUACAGUUUUGUCCACUAACAAAAUGGACAUUAAUUAUACUAGUGAGAAUAUUGCAACAGAAAUAAACCUAAUAAUAAAAGAUUGGGAUAUUGUUAGUAAAGUUGUUACAAUAGUAACAGACAACGCAUCUUCAAUGAUUAAAGCUUGUCAAAUACUAAAAAUACGCCACCUUCCUUGUUUUGCUCACACACUGAAUUUGGUCGUCCAAGAUUCAUUAAAACUUAAAGAAGUUGAUUGUGUUUUAAAAAAAUGUAAAAGUUUGGUGACUUAUUUUAAAAGCAGUAACAUAGCAACACAUAAGCUAAUAACUGAGCAAGAAAAUCAAAACAAAAAGCCUCUAAAAGUUAUUCAGGAAGUUCCUACAAGGUGGAACAGCAUGUAUCAUAUGAUAAAAAGAAUACUAGAACUGAAGAAUGAUAUAACAAUUGUAUUAUUAAGAAUGCCUAAUGCACCUACAGUUUUAAAUUUAGAAGACAGUUUGGUUCUACAAGAUUUAAUUGAAAUAUUGAGUUGUUUUGAUGAUGCAACCAAAAAAGUAUCAGGUAAUUAUGUUACCAUUUCAUUGAUUAUACCUUUAGUAUAUGGUAUUUAUAAUCAUCUUAUUAAUCUACAACCAAGUACUUCAGAAGGAAAGAGUAUACUACAAAAGACAGUUGAAAGUGUUACAACAAGAUUAUUUAAUUAUGAGGAACGUACUUUACCUCGUUUAGCUACAAUAUUAGAUCCAAGAUUGAAAAAAGAGGCUUUUAGAUCUUCUGAUAAUGCUAAAUGUGCAGUUUCUUUACUUCAGAGCGAAAUGUCUAUGCAAGAAUCAUUAUUACCCCAAAAUCCAGAGGAAAGUCAUGAUACUACAGAAUCGGCAUCUAACUCUGAUAAAUCAUUAUUUGAUUUUCUAGAGACAAGAAUAGCUGAAAAAAGUAAAAACAGGACAGUGACUGCCAAUUCAAUCAUUUAUUUAAAAGAAUACAUGGAACGUCCUAAUACAAAUAAUGGUAUGGAUUCUUUAAUAUUCUGGAAUAUUAAUAAUGAUAGUCUUGGGACUAUUCCUACUUGUGCUAAAAAAAUCUUAUGUGUUCCUGCCACUUCAGUCCCAUCUGAAAGAAUAUAUAUGACUUCAUAUGACUUAGUUUAUACCACCAAUUAG